GGAGGGGCAAGAGUCCCCUCGUGAAAUCAACCUAGAGUGUCUUUGCGGCGCAAACACCGUACAAAAGCGCUGCUGUAGCUCGGGGAGGACCGCUCAAAUUUAGGCCGUACACUGCCGUUGUGGCCCGAACCAUCAUUGCUCCCGGUACCGACGUUGGUUUCUAAGCAGAUCGACGCGCACGGCGAGAUAACAGGCGUGGUGCCGACAGCAACGCUGCCACGCUACGCGCGCGCACGUGACAAAGCAGUGCUUUGACCGCCGCCAGACACGCCAUCAACGCGAAACAACGACACCAUGGCCUCGCAAGCCACCGCCGGCUUCCAGCUCAAGCGCCUCCGCGGCCUGCUGGAAAAGAAGGGCUCGGACGGCACGUGGCGCACGCAGUACUUCACGGCGCACAAGUCGAAACUCUACUACGUGGACCCCGGCGCCGAUCCGGCGUCGGCGCCCCCUAGAGCGGCGAUGGACCUGCUCGAGGGCCUCCAGAAGAUCGAGCGGCGGGGCGAGAAGCUCGUGCUCUGGGUCGAUGCGAAAAGGAGGCACCAACUCAGGGCCGUCGCGAACCCGCGCAAGCAGGACGGGCCCCAGCCGUCGCUGGACGACUGGGAGUUAUCACUGAGAGAGAGGAGGUUGGUAGCAAAGGCGCGCCGCGACGAGAAGGCGCGCUCGCCGCGGCGGCGCUCGUCCGCAGAGACGCCGCCGACGCCGCAACGGAGGCAACCGCCGGCGCGCCAGUUCUCCGAGGCGCCGCCGAGCCGACGCCCCUCAGCCGAGCCGAGCCGGUCGCCGCCGCCAGCCGAGCGCAAGCCGACGCCCGCCGAGCAGGCGUCCUGGGACGCCUUCGUUGCACGCCAGGCGGCCGAGACGCCCCCUUAUCAGUCGCCGCGGACGACGCCGCUCGCGGCGCGCCGCGAGGUCGCCGUCAUGAGCGCGCCGCCUCCUCCUAUGGAAGCGGCGCCGGCGCACCACCACCAUCACUCGCAAUCGCCGCGGCCGCGCGUCGGCGCCGGCGCGCCGCUCCAGGCUCUCGUAAGAGCGUCGUCGCCGCCGCGGUCGCGCGACGAGAGUGCUCUGGAUGAGUUUCUCGCGAGCGACGUCGAGCUGCUGUCGACGCCGCAGCUCGAGCGGGGCUUGCGAGCCGCGGGCUGCCGGGCGAUCCCGCCCGACGACCUGAGCUUGAGGCAGCGCGCGCGCGAGCUCCAGGCGUCUUUAUUAGGACAGCCGCCGCCGCCGGCCGUGACGCCGCGCUACGCCGAGCCGCCGCCGCCGACGCCGCCUUUGUCAAGGUAUUCCUCGCCGGCCAUCUCGAACAGUUCGUUUCAGUACGGCACGCCGCGCGGCUCGAGCGCGCGCGUCGACGUGGCGCGGUCGGCGUAUGACGUGGAUGAUGAUGAUGUGGAUGAUGACCGGGCCGCACGGGCCAAGAUCAUCGCCUUCUACCGGGAACACAACCCGAGCAAGGUCCAGGACGUCGACGCCUUGAUCGCCAAGUACCGCGACGUCGGCGUCGGCGCGUCGGAGCUCCUCAUCGCCGUCCAGAAGAAGUACGCCCGCGACCAGCCCCAGCGGCGCGCGAACCAGUUCUCCGUUUGAUUGGGUUUUCCGGGGAACCUGUUAUGUGUAAGAUGCAUAUUAUAGAA